AAGAAAAGCAUGGAAAUUGAAGUUAUUGACCUCGGAGCUCGACAUGGACAUACUCAGAAGACUUUGCUGCAUAUGCUGGUGGAUGCUGAAAAUGAAGAGGAUUUGAGCAAGGUUCUUGAGAACUGUCUGCAAUCAAAUCAGCAGGAGUCAAAGGAAGUUUUACCGCAAUAUAAAGACGUACAAUACAUUAACCUUGAUAUUAAUGCACAGGAUCUCAAUGGUUUCACACCUCUAAUCUCAGUCAUUGUGUGUUCGCAUAUUUUUUCAGUGAAGGUUAUCAAACUUAUGGUGAAACUAGGAGCUGACCCCUUUCUUAAAAGUAAUGAUGGUAGAAAUGCUUUUCAUUGGGCUACCAGAAUUGGCGAGAAACCUGUAUUAGAAACUUUAGUCUCCUGUAUCCCUUCUUCUGAUGUCACUAGGAUGCUAAAUAUCCCAGUAGAAGAUGGCUAUGAGCUCAAGCCAAUUCAUAUUGCAGCAAGAUUUGACAACCUUGCUCUUUUUGAGUAUAUUAUGGAGUUAGAACAGAAGUGCAGUAAAACUUGUUUGCAUACAACAUAUCUUAGAUCGAAGGAUCCUAAUAAGGACUUUAUUAAAGUCUGUCCACUGUGCUUUGAGGAUAACAAUAUUUAUAGUCCCAAUUCCAAAGGAGACUCUUUGUUACACAUCAUUGUGAGGUUUGGUGCUAUUAAAGUAUUUCACUGCCUUCUGGUUAAAUUGAUGGAUAUUCUCACAAAAUGAAAGAAAUCUCUUGGACCAAUAGAUUACAAACAGGAGGGCUUGACUAAAGAAUACACUAAUCCUGAUGAAAUUGACGAAGAACCUCCUGCCCCUGAGUUCUCACAGAAAUUCUUAGAAUACAUGGGUAUUGAUGGAGAUUAUGUCUCUACAGAUGAAAUCUAUCAAGAAGAUACUCAAGAAGAAAAGAAGAAAUCACCCGACAAAAUCUAUAAAUGAGCUAAGGAAAUUCCAGUAUUAAGUAAGGAUGCAUCAAUAAAUGAGUUCACAGAUUGUGAGCUGGCUCUAAUGAGAAAGACUAUUCUCAAAAUUUUGUCCCAUAAGAACAACAAAGGAGAUACGAUAAUUGUAGAAGCUAUUAAGAGCAACCAAGAAGAAUUGCUAUUGAGCAUCCGAAUGUCAAAUCUUGUCAGGCAAGAUCCAAUAAGAGAGAGGGAAGUUUGCCUCGGAGCCUUCUUCGAUAAGUAUGAAAAGAUAUUAGUCAAAAUUGAGAAUAGGAAAAGGAAGAAGAGAAAAUGAGUGUUUUGGGAAAAUGAUGAAGAUGAUGAGCCUGAAGAAAGUAUCUCGCUAGAUAAAAUAAAUAAAGACUUGUCAGAGGAAAGAAAGAGGUUAGAGCUAAAGUCAAUUGCUCUUUUUAUCUUCCUGUUUGUUGUAUUCCUCUGAAUCUCUCUAUUCUGCUCCUAUGUUUUCCUUAGCAUAAAUUAUGCAGGAACCAGUUAAAAUAUCUAAUAAAAUGACUAGUGAGUUUUC